AAUGAGUAAAGCCUGUAGAAUAAAAUCAAGAACAAUAAUUAAAAAAAAGAGAAGAGGUUUCUUAGGGAAGAAAUUUAACUGUCUCGUCAAAGAAAAUAAUGAAAUAAGGUUGAAUGAUAACCCUGCUGUAACAAUUUUGACUGAUUCAAAUAAUACAACUGUCAAUAAUAUCUCUGUAAAUAACGAAUCUGAGUUAAAUUUAUUUUCUACAUCUGUAUCUGAAAAAAGGUAAAGCCAAUUGAAUGUUCCAGAGCUUUUACAAGAAUGAAAAUAUCUGGAUAUAGGAUUAUAGAUUGCUCUAUAUUAUCUGACAUAUUUAGUGCUUUAGCAUGUCCUCAAUGUGGUGAAUGUUCAUCCUUGUCAUUGUCCGAAAAAAUGCAAGACAAAAAAGGACUUGCCUCAAAGUUAAUUAUCAAGUGCUAUAACUGCAAAUAUGAAAAUGAGUUUUAUACUUCAAAACAAUGUAACAGAGCAUAUGAUAUUAAUUGUAGAACAGUAUACGCAAUGCGUUCACUUGGACAGGGACAUUCUGGUAUAGAAAAAUUUACUACUUUAAUGAAUAUGCCACAACCAAUGACACAAAAUAAUUAUGAUAAAUUAGCUGUGAAAAUAGGUGCUGUCACACAAAAAGUUGCUGAAGAUACCAUGUUUGCUGCAGUAGCAGAAUUGCGAAAACAUGCUGCUAAUGAUGAUGUUUUUGAUAUUGGUUUGUCAUGUGAUGGUACUUGGCAGAAAAGAGGUUUUUCAUCGUUAAACGGUGUCUUUUCUGCAUUAUCAAUGGGCACUGGAAAAGUUUUAGAUGUGGAACCAAUGUGCAGGUUCUACAAAGGUUGCUUUUUGAAGAAAGAUCCUUUAAAAACAAACCCUACAGCCUAUGCCCAAUGGAAAAACUCUCACAUUUGUAAAAAUAAUUACAAAAUAUCUGCAAGCGGUAUGGAGUCCGCUGGUGCAAAACGUGUAUUUUUAAGAUCUAUAGAUAAGUACAAACUGCGUUAUGUAAAUUAUUUAGGAGAUGGAGACAGUAAAAGUUUCAUUAAUGUCAUAGACACUUAUCCUGGCAUUCAAGUUAAUAAGUUAGAAUGCGUGGGACACUAUCAGAAACGUGUUGGUUCACGACUACGAAAUUUAAAGAAGAGAGAAAAAUUCUCGGUGGACGUGGUUGUCUUAUAG